AUGAAAACACCAAGUAACGAAACGAAGGGUAGGGCGAAGAAGUCAUCGUCACGGGGCCACCACAGGUUCGUUGGCGUUCGUCAGAGGCCGUCCGGAAGAUGGGUGGCCGAGAUCAAAGACUCACUUCAGAAGGUCAGGCUCUGGCUCGGAACUUUCGACACUGCAGAAGAUGCAGCUCGAGCCUAUGACUCCGCGGCUCGUGCCUUGCGUGGUGCAAAUGCUCGCACCAACUUUGAACUGCCGGAUCAAUCUGCAGCCUCUGGCUGCGGCGGUUUUAGCUACGCGCCGGAGAACAUGGAGCCCUUCUCGUUCGAGGAUGUGCCUGAGGCUGGUGCAGAUUCAGAUGGACUUGUUGGUGCUCUCAGAGCCAAAUUGUUUGAUGAUGGGACAAAGACAUCAUCGAAUCCUACGUCUAUUAUUGGGUAUAAUGCGACUUCGAGCUCAACUACACGUAACCAUCCAAGCAACACAGAAAUAUCAAUACCCUCAAAUCCCCCCAAAGCUAAGAGAGUAAUCGUUUCGGAUACUGUAGAUCCUGGAACGACGACCAUGAGGAGCAUGAGCUUGGGCUGGUCAAACGAUGCAGCAUAUGGACUGCCAUGGCAGUCACAGGAGACGAAUCAGGGCUCUGAAAGUGGCUUACUUGCCGAUGCUGUUCGUGGAAGCACGGGAUCGUGGCCUUUUUCUGGGGUGGCUGAGCCGGAGUCAACCUUUGACCUGACAUGUUCAGAUCAGGGGUUAUCCAACAGUGAUAAGAAUGGUCAAACGAAUGUGGUGAGCUUAGAGGUGAAUCAGAUUGGUGAAACUUCGUCUGAGUGCUUCUGGUCACCUGAGCAGCAACAGUUCGUGCACUGUGAUAACAACAGUUGGUUUAGCCCGGUGGCACUUGGGAUCCACUGCUCUAUACUUCCGAGCUUGGUUGAUUAA